AUGUACGGGCUAUUACUAGAAAAUAUGGCAGAAUACAUCCGGCAGACGUAUGGCGAAGAAAAAUGGGAGGACAUCAGGCGGCAGGCGGGUGUUGAGCAACCCUCCUUCUCCGUUCAUCAGGUGUACCCUGAGAAUCUCAUUGCACGAUUGGCCAAGACUGCACAAGAGGUUCUUGGUAUAACGGAAAAGGAAUUUAUGGAUCAAAUGGGUGUAUAUUUCGUUGGAUUCGUCUCACAGUAUGGCUACGAUCGCGUUCUAUCCGUUUUAGGACGACACAUGAGAGAUUUUCUUAACGGCCUAGACAAUUUACAUGAAUAUUUAAAGUUUAGUUACCCAAGAAUGCGGGCCCCAAGUUUCAUAUGUGAAAAUGAAACAAGACAAGGCCUCACAUUACACUAUCGGUCAAAGAGAAGAGGAUUUGUUUAUUAUGCUAUGGGACAAAUAAGAGAGGUGGCUCGCCACUUCUACCAUAAAGAGAUGCGAAUAGAGUUACUUAGAGAAGAGUUACUAUUUGACACUGUCCAUGUGACGUUUCAAUUGACAUUUGACAAUCGUGCAUUCACUCUGGCCUCGCUCGCGAUGACAAGAGAAGAGAAGCAUUUACCAAUCAGCGCUUCUGUGCUGUUUGAGAUAUUCCCCUUUUGUAUUGUAUUUGGAUCGGAUAUGGUGGUACGUAGUAUUGGUAACUCACUGAUGGUGAUUCUACCAGACCUGGUGGGGAAGAAAAUUACCAACUGGUUCGAUUUGGUCCGACCACUUAUUGCUUUUAAGUUUCAAACGAUAUUGAAUCGUACCAAUAAUAUAUUCGAGCUGGUGACAGUAGAAGCGGUGAUGCAUGAGAAGGCACCAGACAGACGGAACAAUCUGCUUCGGCUCUCUGAUGAAUCCGACUGCACUACCGAAGAGAACCUGCGAUUGAAAGUGCGGGGUAUGGUUCGUAAGAAACGAUUUGCAUACGAUGGAAGGCCUUUACCCGAUAUUAUCAAUUUACAUCUCAAAGGUCAAAUGAUUUAUAUGGACAAUUGGAGAAUGAUGAUGUAUUUAGGAACUCCAGUAAUGCCAGAUCUGUCUGCCCUCGUGUCCACUGGACUCUAUAUCAAUGAUUUGUCUAUGCAUGAUUUUAGCAGAGACCUAAUGUUAGCCGGUACCCAGCAGUCUGUGGAACUUAAACUGGCGCUUGACCAGGAGCAGCAGAAGAGUAAGAAACUAGAAGAGUCUAUGCGAAAACUGGAUGAAGAGAUGAAAAGAACAGACGAGCUACUCUACCAGAUGAUACCGAAACAGGUGGCUGAUAGAUUGAGGAAUGGAGAGAAUCCCAUUGAUACUUGCGAGAUGUUCGAUAGCGUGUCAAUUCUCUUCUCUGACGUGGUGACGUUCACAGCGAUAUGCUCUCGUAUCACUCCAAUGGAAGUGGUCUCCAUGCUGAAUGCUAUGUACUCCAUAUUCGAUACACUGACCGAGAGGAACAGAGUUUACAAGGUGGAAACAAUAGGAGAUGCAUAUAUGGUUGUUUCUGGGGCUCCAGAGAAGGAAGACAAUCACGCUGAGAAAGUUUGCGAUAUGGCACUCGAUAUGGUCGAUGCUAUCACGGAUUUAAAGGACCCUAGCACAGGGUCCCAUCUCUCGAUCAGAGUAGGUGUACAUUCUGGCGCUGUAGUGGCUGGAAUAGUAGGCUUAAAGAUGCCGAGAUAUUGUCUCUUUGGUGAUUCUGUGAACACUGCCUCCCGAAUGGAGUCUACCUCAGAAGCGAUGAGGAUUCAUAUAUCGCAAACAACUCAAGAGCUGUUAUCGCCAUCGUAUAUGGUCACUGAAAGAGGGGAGAUACAAGUGAAAGGGAAAGGUGCAAUGAAGACUUACUGGCUGGAAGGAAGAGAGUCCCGCCCAUCUCUUACAAAAGUGAUCUCCUCUCAAAUACAACCAGGACAGGAGUUAGAAUGGGAAAGAGCAGCUGACGUAAGAGACAGCAUAGCAGAACAUUCAGCUCAGCAGCUAAACCAUAAAGAUUUUAACAUGACAUCGGCAACAUCAUUAAUUAGUACGGGAAAUAUGAUUUCGCCAACUUUGAAACAGCCGAUCGUAACGUCACCCACAGAAGAGAGACGAAUGUAUUCUCCGGUCACUUUCCAAGAUGUUGCCAGACGGAGUAUUGCCAAUUCGCCGAAUAGAACCGAUAAAGAUAGAGAAUUCCGGCCAUUUCCCGACUCCAGGUCGACGUCAGCUAGUGUUGGAGCAGUGUGGACUGACGCGGAAUCUUUGGAUCCUCAACGGACCUUAGACAGCCUGAACUCUUCGUUCUGUUACAGUUCAACAUCUCCGUGCAGAGUGGGAACUGCUCCCGUUUUGAACAGGGACAAAGAUUAUUUUACUGAAAAUAUUCGAUUGUCUCCGCCUUGUUCGGCGCCGGGUAUCGACACCGCAUAUGGGCCCAAUACUCACAUUACACAGACCACUAUCACACAUGUUCGAGCGGCAUCACAAAACGGAGAAGAAAUAGAAACAGACACAGAAUACCAAGAUGCAAACACAGGUUUAUCCCACAUAUGUACGGUGUCAGAAAACAUAGAGGAAAAUCAACCGAAACAGGGAAAAGUGGGACGUUUUCGGGCUCGAAUAGCUCCAGGACACCACAAAAUAUGCCUCAAAAAUCCCAAAGACUCGAAAGAAAAGCCUCAAACUCCGACUAACCCUCAUGGUCAUCAUCAUACAAAAAAUGUUAAUCAUCAUCAGUGCUGUGGCGCGUUUGGAAAUCCACACGUGAGACAUAAAUCCAGUAACCCCAGUUGUCAUUUAAUCUAG